UUUUAAACAACAGCAACAAAAACAACAACAAUAACCACAUUAUCAUUAUGGUCAACUGUCAAAAACAAUAACGUUAACAGUGCUUAAACAUCACCUCUGCUGCUCUAACACUACUACUAAUACUACUUACUACAAGUCAAAGCAUGUACGUGCAGGUUCUUAACAAAGUUGUAUUAAAUGUUUAUAAUACUAGACUACAAGUUGUAUAUAUGUAUUUUUUCUGACCAUCCGUCCCCAAAUGUGGCUUUAUAAAAUAUUUUUCUUUAAACUUUAAAGUUUACAAAUAAAUAACAAUUACAACAAAAUAAAAAUACAAUAAACUUGUAACAAAAAAGUUUGUUUAAAAGUAAAAGCAAAUAGACAACAUUAUUUACCACCAUGGGAAGUUUACCAAAUCUACACGAACUCGAACAGAUAGAGCGCAAACGCGAAAAACGCCGAGAACGUGAAAUGCGUGAGCAAUUGGCGAGAGAGGCGAGUCGUGAAAGAGAACGUUUAAAUCAGAGAAAGCACUCAAACUUAACAAUCCUUAUUUUAAUGGCUGGUCUGGGUAUUGGAGGCAUUGCACCACACAAUCCAACAGCAACUAGUGUUGGUGGUCCAGGUGCACCCGGUGCUGCUACUAACCCACCCGGUACUCUACCAAUUGGUGGGGCAGCCCUCCUAAAUUAUGGAGCUGGUAUGGGUGCGGGUAGUGUUGGUGCAGCAGCAGCAGCUGCUCUAAAACAUCAUGCCCACCAACAUGGACCCCAUCACUAUCGUCAUUCAUUGACAAAUCGUCAUCGUGUAUUGCGUACACGAAGUUCGGGUGCAACACACAAUAUAUGGGACGAACAAGCCUUGGAGCACCUACCAGCCUACUCUCCCAUAUCAACAAGAUCGCAUCGUAUCAAUCCGGUAUCAUCAUAUCAUGUACAAGCUGCCUUGGCAGCUUCACGUCGUCGAGAAUCUAUAAAUAGUUCCAUAGGUGCUACCUCGAUACGACGUCUUAUAACUCUGAACAAUCGUAAUUGCCGGCAUAAAAUACCAGCUCAUGUUAGACAAAAAGUUGGUAAAUCUUUCACAUUUCUUGCCUUGGCUCAUGGUCUCAAGUGUGCUGUCCUAGUGCCAAUAUUUGGUUUGCAAGGUUCGAAUUCGGUAUGGCAUCAUCGUGAACAAUGGCUACAAGUAGGUCCCAAUAUUGGUUCUCUACUGCUCAGUGUGGGUUUACUGAUAUCGGCGUGCAUGUGUCUGGUCACGCCCAAACUUAUACAUAAAUUUGGUUAUUCCCUGCUAAUGGGUGCCAACUAUGUGGCUGUGUGUUUAUUUCUGCUGUGUCAUUUAUAUCCCUCAAUAUAUACUCUGCUGCCUGCCUAUAUACUAUUCGGCUUGAGCCAUAGUCCUUCGUUUAUAAGUAAAAUCGCUGUGGUGGUCCACUAUGGCAGUAAAUUGAGUUGUUCCCAGCAUGAAUGUACUUUGCUCUCUUCACAUGCCUUGGAUUCUUGGGAGGAACAUAAACUCUUUUGUAAUCGUGAUCAAAAAGUGAGACGUUUGGCUAGAUGGUUCCAUGCUUCCAAAGAUUUUGGCAUUAUCAUAGGUGCCAUAAUAGCUUCAAUAGUAUUAUCGUGCACUUCAAGUGAUUGGAAUUGCCCGGGUGCAACUACAAAGCUAUCGGGUACUACAACAACUACUACCACUGAGUCCAGCGCUGCUAAACUUUUGCAAUCUACCAAUUCUAGUCUACCUUUAGCGGCUGCUUUUCAAUCGUUUAUACCCAGUACACCAUAUGUUUGGAAUCACUUAAACGGCUUUAAAAAUGAAUUCUAUAAUCUGGAUGAACAUGGCAAUCGUAUUUGUGGUGCUGAUAUGUGCCCCCUGUGGCACAGUGAUCUACAGGCGGAGAGUUAUGCAGCUGGGAAUGAAACCAUAUAUUCUCCUUUUAUAAAUGAGAAGCCACGAGAAGGCAGUGUUACUUUGAUAGUGGUGUACUUGGUGUUUGCAACUCUAGCUUUGCUGUUCUCUGUAUUGGUGGGUAAAAUUCAUGCCACUUUUCGCCAUGAACGCAUUAAGGGUAUUACCGAUACUCUGCUAUUUGCUGGUCCCUUGGCUUAUUUUAUUGGUACCGAACAGGCUUAUAUUUUGAGUGACUUUUUAAGGGCCUUUGUUUCUUGUUCUUUGGGCAUAAAAAUGGUACCGGGAGCAAUAAUAGGAAUGGGUAUAAUGCAACUGAUUGUGUCAGGAACUUUAAGUAUGCUCCUGAGACAUACUAAACGUAUAGUGGUAAUAUGUAAUGGCCCGGUUUUAUUCUUCCACUCCUGUCUACUGCUGGCCCUCUCCACCUGGAAACCGUCUAGUGAUGACAGUGCACUAUUCUAUGUCCUGGCCGCCUCAUGGGGUGCCUGUAAUGGUAUGUGGGAGACACUAUUACUCGCCCUAGUAACACUAAAUCAUGCAAAUCAUGUAGCAGAAGUAGCAUCACCAUUACAAGCGUUACGUUUCCUAGGUUUGGGCAUAACAUUUGCUGCACACGGUUUUAUGUGUGAAACACCGAAAAUCAUAACAUUAGUCAUAAUACUGGUGGUGAGUGUGUUGCCGUAUGCAAUGUUAGAAAUACGUUUGGAAUCACAACGCAAAGCUCAGCUGAAUAACUUAUGACGUAAUCUAUUCACAUAGUCAAGAAGGCACAGUACUAUGGCACGUACUCAUACCAUGUAAAUAAAGGAAAGAAGGGCGAGAUGUAGUAACAGCAGUUAAGGUGGCAUAUUAAGGAAAAUAUUGCUUUUAAGGAAUGUAAAGAAAAAUCGAGACUCUAUUAACCUUUUGGGGAAAAUAUUUAUGUAGUUAAGUAAUUGUAGUUAGCAGUAUUUGUUUAAUUAAGAAAUUAUUAGCUUAAGAGCUUUUGAUUAUUAAAUUUAGAAAAAAAAAAGCUUUUUUAACAUGAAAAAGCUUCAAAGCUUAAACAAAAGUUUGACUAAUAUAUAAAAGAUAAAGUUUGUUAAGAAGAUUGUUAAAAUAUAAUUAAACUAAUGAAGAUCAAGAAAAAUUUAUUUUUUAGUUAAAAAUAAAUUUUAGUUUUUUUAUCAAUUUGUUAAAAGUUUUACAUAAACACAAGCUUAUGGAUAAGUAGAUAUUAAAAAAUAAAAAUUAAGCUCUGGACCUUGUUAUAAUUUAUAAUUUUUUUUUAAGCUUUCAUUAUCUUUUAUUUUCUUAAAGCUUUUACUAAAGCGAAACUAAAGAGCAACCUGGUAAACUUAACACUUAAAGCUUUUUAUUGACUUUUUUAGACCUUUGCUUUGGGUAAGCUUAAAAGUUAAGCUUUAUGUUAAUAAAUAAAUAUUUCAAAAAUGUUAAAAAGCUUUUAAUAAUGUAUAAAAGUUUAGAGCUCUUAGACCUGAAUAUUAUAUUGUUAUAGACUAAACACACAAUAAAUUUAAAAGCUUUCCUAAAGCAAACUGAAAAGCUUCAUUUAAAGUCAUUAAAAUAGACAAAAUUAGUCUAACGUUCCAAAAGUUUAUAUAUUAAACAAACCAAUACUGUAAAAGCUUUUUAAUAUGAAAGCUUAAAAGCUCUAUUUUGUAUUUUAUAAUUAAAAAUAUUAUUUUUCAACCACUACUUAUACUUUUAUAAAACAUUUUCGUUUAAAUUGUUGUUUUCUUUUAGAAAAUCUCCUUGAUCUUGUUAUUAAACUUUAUACAUAAAACUUAACAAGAUUACAAACAUUAACUAGGAGCUUAACAUAAAUUUACAGAAUCUAUGUAAAUAUAUUUAGGAAGAUAAAUAAAAAAAAUUGUU